UUCUUCCACGAUCGUGUUCUUGGAUUGUAUAGUGGGCAUUUGACUUACGUUGGUAACCUAGGCCCUUAAUAUCCAUCUCAUCCUGGGAUGGAUAUUAAGCAAGAUAAUGUCAUGUAACCCUGUAAAGGGUGGUCAGAUAUCCAAGGGACUUUUGGAGGGAGGAGACCCUCUUGCUUUAACCUCUUUCCCCCCCCCCCCGUCUUCUACAUUGCCUGGAGCAAUGAACAGCAUCAUGCAGCCCGAGAAGAAGGGAGGAACCUAGGGCAGGCAUUGAGAAAGGGGCAGUGUGGCCACUGGCAUGCAGUGCCAUCUGCAAGGUGACCUCUAAAGGUACAAUUGUUUGAAGAAGCUGUACUGGCAAUAUGAAUAGAUGACGAUGGAUGACUUUGAAGUCACAGUCUUUCUGUCCUAGUGAUGUCCCACCCCGUGCAACCGAACUGGGAACGGGACAUGAUUUUACUUACCUACAGACUCCCCAGAGGAUUGAGUGCAUAGCGUGAAGUAUGAUGGAUAGUGACUACGGGAUGGAUGAGUCGCCAGAGGAGCAGACGACCCCUCGGGCUCUGUGUCACUCAGUCGUCUUUUUCUGUUCGAAGGGAAUGAUCGAAGGCGUGGUGGUCUUUCUUUUUAUUUGGUUGCUGAUUCAGGUCCUCCUCAAUAAGCAGCAGGAAGUCCAUUUGCAGGUACUCCUGGGAGCGGGACUCGCUCUACUCUGUUUCUCCCUCCUCUUGGGCUGUGCCAUAUGCUGGCAUCGUAGCCGUAGAAGACAAUCGACCCUCAACAUUAUUGGUGAAGAUAAGGAUCUUGCGCAACAGAGUGUCAGAGAGCAAGAGCAGUCAGAGCUUCCUGGAAGAUCGGCGGCAGUAACUAUAACACUCCAGUACCAGGACAUGGAUGGAGACAUCAUUCCAAAGAGUGGGGAUGUCAUACCAAUUCAAGAGGCACUGGAUUCAGUACCUGCCAGAAGUCUACAUUCGAGAGCCUCACUGCCCAGCCUCUACCAGCUCUCCACAAAGACAAAGCGAGCCAUUCAACGACGGAGUACAGUUUUCAGUUAUGGAUCUCAAAGAGGAGAUCGUAGCAGGUUAAUGAGGGUUCCUCACUCUUACACUGAGCCAACCGGAUUAUCUGGAGCCAAGCAAAAGUCGCCACCACGUCUGAACUUCACUCUGCACUACUCGCUACAAGAAGAGACUCUCACAGUGAUUGUUACAGGUCUCUCAAAUCUUCCAAAAAAAUUCCACCAAAAGAAAGACUCAUGGGUCAAGGCCUACCUAAUGCCUGGAUUUAUAGAACCACACAUAGAACAAACAGAGGGACUCGAAGGAGGUCAAACGUUCUCUUUCCGUAGAUGCAGUCCGGGAGAGUUGGGAGAACUGAAUCUGCGACUUGCUGUGUUUGCUCGAGACAGGAACAACAUGAGAGAAGGAUUAUUUGGAGAAGUCUUGUUUCCAUGUGCACAUUUAGACUGCCAAAGUGAGGGUACAUCUGACCGCACAGAGGAACUCUCUCUUUCCAAGAGCAAACUUAAGAAGAGUCUGAGUACGAUGGAUGUUCCCUGUCCUCCUACGCCCAAUCCCAAAUCUCUGGGCCAGAUACUUAUACUCCUCCAGUAUCAGAUGUUGGCAAAUCGUAUUAAAGUGAUGGUGCAGAAGGCAGAGAAUCUAGGGAAACUUACACGCAUUCCUGGAGCCGCAGAUCACUUUGUCAGCAUACGGUUGAUUCAGGAGGGUGAGUUGAAGGAUAUGAAAGAGACGCGGUCAGUUUCGGGAUCCAGCCCGGUGUGGAACGCUCCAUUCCUGUUUGAAGCCUCUCCCAAAGCUGUGCAGGAGCAGACGUUGACUCUGGAAUUCCUGGUAAAGCAGGGCAGAAUUUACAACCGUGCACGUAUUCUUGGCCGUGUUCUGAUUGGUGCAGGGGCCUCUGGGGCUGGGUUGGCGCACUGGGAUGAGGUGUGCUCCACAGGGCCUAAGGAGUGUGCUCACUGGCAUACACUUCAGCCAGAUGUGUUCUAGAAUGUUUGCUGAGCACAUGAAGUAGUCAUCAAUCAAUAAGUGGUACUUUUCAUCUGUUGCAAAACGCAUCAGCCAAUAACCGUGAUAAGGAGGACCACACAGGAAGUCUACAGAUUUCAAGGAACUAUGCUUUUUCCAUGGAGGAAACCGUCGGAAUACUCUGUUGCUGGGUUUUGACCAAAAUAUAUUACGUCAUAGAAUAUGUAUGUAAAUGUAUGAAAAUUCUAAAUUAAUGCCUUAUUUAUGUUUUAACAGGUUAAGCAUUCAU